AUGAGUCCAAUAACUCCUCACUCUCCGGAGAGCCAGCCCUCUUUGGUGUCCCCUAGAUUUGUGAAUCUUGGCGAACAAAGAAAUUCAGAGAUGCUCAAUUCGACAGGUAGCGCUGUUGGAUCGUCUGCUUCUCAGACUACGUCUCCGGUCAAUAAACCGGCCAGUCCUUCUGUUAGUAUUACUAAAUCUAUUAUGAAUGCCAGUGGGACUUCUGGUGCUGUUGUGAGUAAUACUCCAGCAUCUGGUUUGAAACGAGUUCCAACUGUGACUUUCACUGAUGCUAAGCAUGCCGUACUCAAACAGCAAGCCGCUGCAGAACAAGCGUCAGCCUUACUUAACAGUUUGAACAAUCCAAGCAAGGUAGCGUCCCCAGUUGUUUCGGAUAAAGCAGGGUCGCCUCCGCCUGUGGAAUUAACCACUUCUGUAAAACAACCAACUGCAGGAACUGCAAUUGAACAAAGGAUUCAGUCCCCCUUGAGUAAAUCACAGGAGGAUUUAAGGGUUAGGAAAGCUCCUGCCAACGUACACAAGACUUCUGCGGUGGAACAAACCGCCGGUGGUGCCGAGACCGAGCCUAAGACACCACUGGAAGCCACUAUUCAAGAAGGAGUCGAAGGUAUCAACCUUGGUUCUCAAGCAGAGACAUCUAAACCUCAAGAAGAACAACAUCCUCAUUUUGUCGUGAAUGAUGAAUUACAUUCUCCAAGUUUCAAAUCAAGAUCCAGAUCCAACAGUAUAUCACCAAUGCCAAAUGGAUCACAAACCAACGCAGCUCCCACUUUCAAACUAAAUGAAACAACAAUUCCUGAAGAUGAACAGGUAAUAGCCUCAGAACCACCUGUGGAAAUCGCGCAGAUAGUGGCUCCAAAUAUCCCAAAGAGAGAAGCUGCCAAGAACGUAGAUCCAAGGUUACCACAAGAUGACGGGAAACUACACAUCUUGUUUGGAGCUACCGGUUCGUUAUCAGUAUUGAAGAUCAAAUCAAUGAUUAAAAAAUUAGAAGAAAUAUAUGGUAGAGACAGGGUGUCGAUUCAAGUCAUUUUAACACAAGCUGCUGCUCAAUUCUUCGCAAAUAGAACACUUAACAGGAAGAAGGGGUCGAUUUCAGGCCAGUCCCACACACAAGGUCAAACGCAGGUUGCUCAAACUCCAUCAGUAUCAUCUCCUUUGUCUCAAGAACCUACGGUAGCAUCUACCGAUAUCCCAUCCAACACCGUACCCAUAGGGCAAGAAACAAAGUCAACUGAUGGUAAUACGAUAUCCACAGCGGCCAAGAUUGAACUUCCUCCACAUAUCCAAGUGUGGUUGGAUCAAGAUGAGUGGGACGCGUGGAAGCAAAGAACGGAUCCCGUAUUACACAUUGAACUCCGUCGUUGGGCAGACAUUCUCGUAGUGGCUCCUCUUACUGCUAACACCUUAUCUAAGAUUGCCUUGGGCCUAUGUGAUAAUUUGUUGACAAGUGUAAUAAGAGCUUGGAAUCCACUGUUCCCAAUAUUUUUGGCACCAUCCAUGGUAAGCAACAGUUAUAACUCUUCCAUCACGAAGAGACACCUUAACAUGAUUAAAGAAGAAAUGCCUUGGAUUACCGUAUUCAAACCAUCAGAGAAAGUUGUUGGGAUAUACGGUGAUAUAGGACUUGGUGGAAUGAUGGAUGGUAAUGAGAUCGUAGACAAGGUGGUUAUGAAGUUAGGAGGGUAUCCAGAAGACGAAAACCAAGAGGAAGGCGAAGAAGAUGAAGACGAAGAUGACGACGAUGAAGAAGAUCGAUCUGAUAAGAAGAACUUGGAUGAUGAUGAUGACGACGAUGACGAUGAUGAUGAUGAUGAUGAUGACGAUGACGAUGACGACGACGACGACGAUGACGAAGAGGAAGAUGAUGAAGUGAAUGAAAUCGAUGAAGUCAAGAGUCUACACGAAACCGUAACAUCGCCACCAUCCACCGACGCAUAA